AAAGGGGGAGGCCGAGGAGAUGAUUCAGAAAACAUAUAAAAGAGAUCCUCUUCUGCAUGUUCAACACACAAACACACACGGUGUGGAUCUCAGCGUUUGUGCAUCAGCUCAGAAGUCACCGGCCAUGUCUGCCUUUCACCUCACACUCUUGCUUUUAGCAGUGACCGUGGCCUCCGUGGCUGCAUCCGCAAGCGAGCGGGGUAAAAGGUCACUAAAGGACCUGCACGGAUUGAUCAAAUGUACCACAGGGAGAAACUAUAAUGACUAUAGUUCGUACGGCUGUUACUGCGGAAACAUCUGGAAAGGCCAGCCUGUAGACCAGACCGACAAGUGCUGCUUCAACCACGGCUGCUGCUACGCUCGGGCCGAAAAAGCGGGCUGCAAGACCGACACGGACUACAACUGGACAUGUAGAGACAAGACGGCUUUUUGUGGAGACUACAAAGACAAGUGUAAGAAGUUGGUCUGCGAGUGUGACCGAGAAUUCGCCAACUGCCUGAAAGAUGCACACUACGAUUUGCAAUAUUCUGGUGUGCGGAAAUUGCCGUGCUUUGGCAGCAAACCACUGUGUGCCUAUUAUAGAGGAAAAUGAUCUUGGUAGUCAAUGACGACCAAUAGUAGCCACAUCCUUACAGCAAUAGUUUAUUCCUUUAAUCAAUGUGGGGGACGCUGCAAGCCUUGUCAUUUAAAAA